AUGCCUUCCGUACUUCCCAUACUAUUUGUACUUGUCAUCGCCGUGGGGCUCAUGGCCUGUGCUGCCCUAUUCACACCCAAAGGGCCUCAACAAGUUCUCAUACGAACGUCUCUUAUGCUUGCUCUCGCGGCAUGUUACUUAAUGUGGAUGGUUACUUAUCUGGCGCAGUUGCAUCCGCUUAUUGGUACGCCGCCUAGUACUGCCUAG